GUUGAUAUUUGCCUGCCGGCAACAGCAGAAGUAACUUUUUGUGGAGCCCGCUUAAGGGAGAAUGUGUGUGUGUCUGGCUGGUCUAUGUAGUUAUUGCUGUGUCAGUGUGUAAAUAUUGGUUGCGCGCAAGACUUUGAUUUAAAAUUCGAAAACCGCGACAAGUUAUUGUAAUUAGUACGGGUGCUAAAAUUUAAUUAAAUAAAUCGAUAAAUAUAGAAGACGAAUCAACUUCUCACACACACACAUUCUCAUACUAAAUACUAUAAAAAGUUUGCGAUCACAAAUCCAACCACUUUACUAUAUAAAAAUGUAUACAAAAAUCUUUCGUGCUGUGAUAAUCGGUGCACCUGGGUCAGGCAAAGGCACAAUCUCGGAACUAAUUGUGAAAACAUUUGGUUUUCUGCACAUUUCAUCAGGCGACAUUUUGCGCCAGAAUAUUAUCAAAAACACGGAUCUCGGCAAAAAGGCACAAAGCUACAUUGCCGCCGGACAAUUGGUACCCGAUGAGAUAGUGACAAAAACAAUGAUCGCCCGCAUUACAGAGGUGGGCAACAAGUCGUACAUUUUGGAUGGAUUUCCGCGUAAUGGUGCUCAAGCUGAUAUUUUGUCGACACGCUGUCAGAUUAACGCUGUUAUUGAUCUAAACAUUCCACACGAUGUGAUCAUUGAACGAGUGAAACAUCGUUGGAUUCACGCACCGUCGGGCCGUGUCUAUAACAUUGGCUUUAACGAUCCUAAAGUACCGGGCAAGGAUGAUGUUACGGGCGAACCACUAACUCAACGGGAAGAUGACAAACCCGAAGUGGUAGCCAAGCGUUUGCAGCUCUAUGACGAACUAAUGGGUCCGGUUUUGGCUUGGUACGGGGAACGUGGUCUGGUAACUACGUUUAAAGGUCGUGAAACUAAAGAAAUAUGGCCACGCGUCGAACGCUUUCUUAAGGACAAGGUCAACAAGGGUUAAAUAGGGUAUUAUAUAACUAGAAAGACAGUUCAAUUAAAUAUGUGCACAAAUGUUUUAUUAUGAAUAGGCAGGCAACUGAUGCUUAUAAGGAAGAUGAGAUGUGUUCAAUUAAGGCAAACCAAUAUACAUAUAUAUAAAUAUGUAUAAAUAUGUAUUGUGCAGGAGGACGGGGGGUUAGGAGUUCAUUGGAACUAAUCAAAUAUAAUUGCGAAGCCUUACAAAUUAGAAUCGAAUCAACAAAUUAGACGGUUCCAAACAAAUGUAUUUUCUCUACAACUUAUACAUACAAAAAUCAUUGGUAAUUGACAUCGAGGCUGGCAACGUAAAGCCAUCCAAAACAUUCCCCUCAUAAAAGUGUUUUGUUUUGAUAUGAUUAUUAUAUAUAUAUACAUAUAUACUUGUACUUGUAUAAACGCUCCUAAGUUGGUGCUCUGAUAAUAAAUCGUUUUUUAUAUUACCCACUGAUAA